CUGAUUAACUGACAUUAAAAUAAACCGUGUUGCGGUGGUUCCCGGUCUCCCCUACUCGUCUGUGUUCGCCGUUUUCCGGUAAAAAGUUUUCCAUGUCAUUUCCUGUGAUAAAGAUGGUGGUCACAGCUCGGGGAGGAGGCCACUGAGUCGAGCUGAAAUUUAACGGAAACUUUACCGCCGAGCCGCCGCGGGGACAGCGGCCGGGACUCGGUGCUCUGCGGCCGGGAGGACAGAGCGAAGCUUCCCCGGGAGAGAGGCUCCGUGUCCCCGCUGCGUGUCUGCUGAAGGUGAUGUCAUCUUUUCAAGUUUUAAACAUUCCAUUCUCUGUCUCUAAAGACGGCUGAAGUGGAUGAUGUGCUGAUUUCUACAAACAUGAUUCCAACAUGAGCGACUCGCUGGACCUCUGGUUCUGUGAGGAGUGUCAGGAAUAUUUCCAGAACGAGUGUCCGUCCCAUGGGCCUCCGCUGUUCAUCCAGGAUACUCCUUCAACCCUGGGGUCGGCUAACAGGGCGGCGCUCACCGUCCCGUCAGGCCUUGAGGUCUUCACUGAGGGAGACGAGGUAGAUGUUCGGUGUGUGGAUCCAAAUUUCCCCAAGGGGGCGCUGUUCGGUCCAUAUGAAGGGGAGGUGGUGACCAAGGACAAAUCCUCGGGCUUCUACUCCUGGAUCAUUGUUGAUUUUAACAACACAUAUCAAUCCAUCGAUGGCAGCGAUGAGACCAAAGCUAACUGGAUGAGGUUUGUCCGUACCUCGUCUGAAGAAAGCGACAGGAACUUGACAGCCUUUCAGCACGGUAAAAACAUUUAUUUCAGAGUGAGUCGCACUCUGGAGGCCGGAGAGAAGCUGAGGGUUUGGUACAGUGACGACUACAUCCAACGACUUCACUGUGUCUCCCAGGAGAGCAUCGGCCGUAACCUGGACUCAGGUUCAGAAAAGCCACUCAUCCUGCCAAACGUUCAAAAAGACUCAAAAUCUCCGUGCCUGCAGUCAGCUCUGCGGGGAAAAUCUAGCCAGAGCAAACGACCUGAUGAAGAGUCAGACGGCCAACCUCCUGCCAAGAAAAAGAAGAUUGAUCUCAUCUUCAAAGAUGUCCUUAAGGCCUCUCUAGGAGACUCCAUCAAGUCCUGCAUCUCUACUGAGUGCAAACCAGCUGCUGAGAGCAGCUUUAAUGUUCCCAACCUGAAGGUGGAAGAGAAAGAAGAGGACAACCAGAGCAAAGAGGAACCCUCCACCUCCUUCUGUCCUAACUGUGUCAAACUGAAGAAGAGGAUCCUGGAGCUGGAGGAAGAGCUGUCUCGUCUCAGGGGAGGACAGGAGGACGUGGUGGGUGCACCAAUGUCUGACCAGCACCAGACGCAAAACAGCCAGGCACCACCCCACCCUGAACAAGGCCCCAUCGAAGAUUUCCAAGGGAUGGAGCCCUUGACUCCCUCCCAGGUGGUCCUGGAUGAAGACGACCAAGAUGUUGACUCUGCUGAUGAAUCGAUAGCUGCAGAUCUUGUGAUUUCUCCGGAAGAUUCAUCAAAGUUUUCUUCUGGUGGAGGGCGGCGGAUUCGCCGCUUCAAGCAGGAAUGGCUGAAAAAGUUCUGGUUCCUUCGCUACUCACCAACUCUAAAUGAGAUGUGGUGCCAUGUUUGCCGCCAGUACACCGUCCAAUCAUCCCGAACCUCUGCCUUUAUCAUCGGAUCCAAACAGUUCAAGAUCCACACCAUCAAGCUCCACAGCCAGAGCAACCUCCAUAAGAAGUGUCUGCAGCUGUACAAGCUUCGCAUGCAUCCAGAGAAGACUGAGGAGAUGUGCAAGAACAUGAUGCUGCUUUUCAACGCAGCGUAUCACUUGGCACUUGAAGGUCGACCUUUCUCUGACCUCCGUCCGCUGGCAGAGCUGCUGAAGAGGUGUGAGCUCAAGGUGGUGGAUCAGUACAUGAAUGAAGGAGACUGUCAGAUCCUGGUCCACCACAUCGCCCGAGCACUUAAGGAAGACUUGGCUGAGAAGAUGCGCCUGUCUCCUUUCCUAAGUGUCAUAAUGGAUGCUCAAAACGACGACCUAUUCUCUGACAUGGUGGCAGUGUACGUCCAGUUCAUAACCAAUGAGGGCUCCCCAAAUACAGAGUUCCUGUCCUUGCAGAGACUCAGCAUAGCUAAUGUGGAUGGGUAUCUUCAGGCGAUGGAUCGAGCCUUUGGGGUCCUUGGUCUCAGGUUUGAGGACUUGCUGGUGGUGGGUCUGGGGGUAGACGGCAGUAACAUCUCCUCAGGAACAAGAGCCAACUUGUACAUUGCUGUACAAAAGACAUUUCCUUGGAUCCUCUGUCUUCCUAUCAUGAUCCAUCGACCCCAUCUGGAAGUGUUGGAUGCCAUCAGUGGGAAGGAGCUCCCCUGUCUGGAGGAUCUGGAGAACAACCUCAAACAGCUCGUCAGUUUCUACCGCUACUCGCCUCAUAUGAUGUCUGAGCUGCGAUCCACUGCACCAACGUUGUCCGAGGAGACAGAGUUCCUAGGUGACAUUAGAGCCAUCCGAUGGAUCAUAGGAGAACCGAACGUCCUUAACGCAUUGAUCAAAGAUUACCUGGAGGUAGUUGCACAUCUUAAGGAGAUCAGCAGCCAGACCCAAAGGGCUGAUGCUGCUGCCAUCGCCCUUACCCUCCUCCAGUUUCUAAUGGACUAUCAAUCAGUGAAACUCAUCUACUUCCUCCUGGACAUCAUUGCUGUUUUCUCACGAUUAGCCUUUGCCUUCCAAGGAGAGUACUUGCUGGUGUCUCAGGUGGAUGCCAAGAUCGAGGAGGCCAUUCUUGAGAUCGGACAGUUGGUGGACUGCCCUGGAGAGUAUUUGCAGGAGUUUGAGGAGAAUUUCCGUGAGAGUUUCAACGGCGUUGCACUAAAGAACCUGCGAGUUGCUGAGUCCAAAUUUCAGUCCAUCCGAGAAAAGAUCUGCAACCGCAGCCAGGGAAUCCUGUCUCAACGGUUGGACCUGCAGAGCCGUUCAUUUGCCAAAGCCUGUGGAGUCCUGGACCUGUCCACCUGGCCUAACAACCGGGAGGAUCUGCAGACUUACGGAGAGGAAGAAAUCCAGAUGAUAUUCAACCAUCUAGAGUCGAUUCCCACUGGGGGCAAGGAAAGCUCUCUGGCCAGGACGGAGGCCAAGGGUAGUCUGGUGGUGGAAUGGAAGGAUCUAAAAGCAGACUACUACAGCAUGAACGGUUUCAAAGAGGUCAUCGGUCACGUCUGCAGGUACAAGCAACGUUUCCCUUUACUGAACAGGAUCGUUCAGGUCGUCAGGGUCCUGCCCAGUUCCACGGCCUGCUGCGAUAAGGGCAGAGGGUCUCUACAGAAGAUGUGUAAGAACAAUCGAUCCCGGCUGACUCUAGAGCAGAUGAACGACCUGCUGACAGUGGCCGUGAACGGACCGCCCAUCGCUAACUUUGAUGGGAAGCGAGCGUUGGACAGCUGGUUUGAGGAGAAGUCUGGCAGCAGCUACUCUCUGUCAGCGGAGGUGUUGAACAGGAUGUCGUCUUCUGAUCAAAAGUCUGUCCUGCACAGCGUUGAUGUUAACACAGAGUUCUAUCCAGACAUUUAACAGACAACCAAACAAGUUUAUUACAACGAGGAAACACAGUAAAACUUGGCUAAUAAAGACUGGCUGUUGGUGGGACUAAAAAACCAUCCAGUCUUUCAGAAAAGUAUCAGAGGCUAAGCUUUGCCUUGUCUGUUCUUUGCCACUUAGCAAACCUCCGUCUUAUGCCGAGUUGAGACUGCACAAUCAUUUUGUCCGUUACAGUGCCCACUGUGCCAUAACAGGCGAUCACUGUCUUAACAUCAAAACAUACACAACCAACUAUGGCAACCAACAUUGACUGACAUGAUUACACUAAGGAAGAGAGACAGGCAGCUUACAGCUAGGCACCACGUUAAAACGCUGCAUUUUAGAUGAAAAUUAAGUCUUACUGCCAGAUUUUCAGUCAGUGCAUUUCCUGGCAGAUCCAUUUCCCAGUUAAAACCAGACUCAAAAAAAUGGGAGAAACUGUCAUUAUUCCGUUUUAUCGUUUUUGACCAAAAAAUGGGGGGGGGGGUGUGUGUGACUUGUUUUCCGGGUUUUUUUUUUUUGGUUUGUUUUUUGUUUGUUUUUUUUUUCAUUUUGGUCACAAAAAUGGAAAAACAAAUAACAUUUUAAAAAAGGAUCAAAUUUUUGUUUUUUCAAUUCGGUUAUUUUUUUUUUUUUACAUUUAAUAAAAUACUUGAGGGAAAGGAAAUCAUAUGGUCAUGGGGAAAGGUGUGCAUUUCAAAAUAAAAGCCUCCAUGUCAAAACAAGAGCCAUCCAUUGAAUUUUACAGUAUUAAAAUAGGUAAAAAUGCUCUUUAUACAAUGUAUGAUUAAUAAUGUGAAUUGUUAAUAUACUGGCAGUUUAAUGGACUGUAAUGUUAUUGUUACCUUUAUUUUACAUAUAUAUAUAUAUAUAUAUAUAUAUAUAUGUAAACACACAUUAUUUAUAUAUACAGUGCUUAACAAAUGUUUUAGACCACCUGUCAUCUCUGUCUCAGAGACCAUC